AUGGAGGAAUCCGACGGACGCAGGCAGCGGAGGAAGAGGACCGGUGGCCGCGGAGGAGGAGGACCGGUGGCGGCGGAGGAAUCCGACGCUGGCAGCAGAGGACACGGCUCCAGGGAGGGGCGGGGCGAGCAGCGGCGCGGCGUGGGACGGGCAGCGGCGCAGGGCGGCAGCGGCGCGAGGCGGGGCGACCAGCGGCGAGGCGCGGGGCGGGCAGCGGCGCAGGGCGCGGAGCGGCGCGGGGCGGGGCUAGGAUCGGCGCAGGGCGGCAACGGAGCGAGGCGGGGCGAGCAGGGGCGCAGGGGAAACGACGGCGUGGACGAGUCACCGGGGGGGAGCACGCAGCGGGAGUCGCCGGAAAUGGGGAAUCGGAGGGGGAAAUUUGCGAAUUUUGAGAAAUAG